UACUACAAAAGCUUCAUUUGAUGAUCAGCAUGCCGCAUCCGCCGCACACUGGCUCCCACUGAGCACCAAGCAUGAGAACGUGUUAAUCUGAAGAGGAAUUGGGUGAAACUCCGGAUAAACGCAAAUCAAAGUGGCCGAGAGGACGCAGUAUGGAAAUACAGAGGAGUGAGAAAUAACGCAACUCGGGCUUAUUUACUUUGAUAAUGCAGAGGAACCAAAUUCUGUGUCGGAUUUGCGUCCAAAUCAAGUCUGAAGGAUGACAGCAACAAGGUCCAGUGGAACAGCCAGUCCUGUCUGCAGCCCGGUCUCCUCCCACUCACCCCGGUCCCAGCCGCAGCCCGCAUGCCCUUCGGCUUGCUGCCGACGCCUAACCAAAGACAAAGUCCUCCAAACCAGAAUCCACCUCCGCUCUGCCCCAGGUGUGUGGCUCCUGCUGGGCGCCGGGGUGGUCCUGGUUGGGAUGGGCGUGGCAGUGGCGGGCUAUGUGUCUGCGGCGCCUAAACCUCAGGGGGGCCGAGGCAGCUCCCACAUCGAGAGGAUGAAGCUGGCCGGGCCUGUCGUCAUGGGAGUGGGCCUCUUCAUCUUCAUCUGCGCUGCCACCCUGCUUUAUGAAAACCGUGACCGGCGUGAGCUCCUCAAACGAGAGACUUCCGAUGACCUCGAGGAGCUGAAACUGAACAACGGCUGGGAGGAAUCGCAGCAGAGCUUCAGCUGCCAGGAGCAGUGUGAGUGUAAGGAUGGAGAACGGGGAUCCUGGGGCGCGUCCUCCCACACGCUCUCCCUUCUGAAUGAGAGCUGUGGCCCUCCUCCACCUCCCAGGAAUAGACACAAUAUCAACAGCAGGGAACCUCCACCACCACCACCACCGCCUGAGGACAGAGGGAGGGUGGGGGUGGAGAGGAAGGAGGAGGCAAUGGAGGAGGAAAGGGAGGGAAGGUCGACGCUGCUGACCCAAGUUCUGCACCACCAGGAGCCGACUUCUCACUCCCCAUCCCCCUGCCCGUCCCCUGCUCACUCCUCUGUCUACUCGGACUCUUGCAACUCGAGUGAGGUCAACUUUAACGUAAGGACAGGCUCUCCUCUCCCCUCCACGGGUGAACGCUGAACUCUUAAGCAGCUCAGUUAUGUUUCCUGUGAAAUAUGCAUGAUGAAACACACUCACAAGUUCAACAUGCGCUGUGUUGAGAUACACCCCGAACUGACA